UGUUGUUAUUUUACAGACACGGUGAUGAUUGGUGUGAGUUGCCAGCAGGUAUCCGAGAGUUGCGUUUUAUCCAUCAUUUGUCUGUGAUUUCCCCGAAUUUUCUUGGUACAUUGGUUCGCCAUUUAUCAGUCGGCGUUUUUGGAAAUCGAAGACCAUGGAGUCUGCAAAGAAAUCGCAAGAAUCCAGAAUGGCGGCCGGAGAUUCCUCCUCUAUCAAUGCGUUUGCUCAAAGUGUGGAGGGACUGUCAAUAGACCCUCAUAAAGUUAAUCCAGCUGGUGGCACCUUGUCCUAUGCCGCUGUAGCAGGGUCCAAGAAUGCUGAUGAAUCUACCGCAGAUGGUCUCAGGAAGUCUAACCUUUCAGCAGAAGCUGCGGAAUUUGUGCCUCGGUGGCUGACAGGAGAAGAGAAACGCGGAAAUGCCUCAGGCCCGGACUUUGGAAAACUAGACCCAGCAGCUGCCGCAGAUUUCAGAUCUUUCGCGGAACGCAUGGUGAAGUCCCCGAAUCAAGCAGAUGAUGUUCUUCCUCUUCUGCUGGACCGGUUGAGAGAAGAAAACUCGGUAGAAAUUCGCGAAGAUGUGCUAAACGGGCUUUGUGGUAUUAUUAUAGAAAAGGCCGUGACAGAUUACAGCGCUCGUCAUGCAAUGGGACGCAUGAUCAACGUUUUGUUACAAUCAUUCGACUCUCCGAAGAAUGGCUCCAUGGGAGCGGAGUUCUGGUCAGCCCUGAAUGCUCGAUUUACGCGUGAACACGAGAAGUCUGCGGAAACUCUGGGGAAGAAUCCCGCUAGGUACAAGACUUUUGCCUUCUUUCUCGCGGAGGUGCUGGGCACAAGUUCCCGUAUGUUUGGACACCAGAAAGCCAACGAGCUUUCAGACCUUCUUUUGGAAGUUUUGGAAGACUUUUUCCGGACUGAAGACGGGGAGCAAUGGAAAAUUGCGGGACAAGUUCUCAAGCAAGUCGGGGGUUAUCUUGAAGACAAUUUCGCCGGUCGUAAGGACCUGACCAGUGUGUCAGACAUGGACCGCUUCAUGAACGGAGUCGACAAUCGCGGACACUCCGGUCGGGAGGACAUUCCUUUCUACAUCCGAUCUAUGCUCAUCAACAUAAUGGAACUCCGAGCGUAUAACUGGGGUAGAAGUACAACGCCGAGUGGAUCACAUUCUGUCCCCGUCCAUGCUCCAGCCAACUCGUAUCAUGAAGCACCAUAUGUGGCGAACAACGUUGUUUGCCACGACGGAUCCGGAAUGGCGCUGAAUUCGGAAGAGAGGCAAUUCUUGGAAUCCGAGGGGUGUUUCGAUGAGUGCAACGAGGAAGGAGACAACGGAAUGGAUGAGGAGAUGGAAAAGGAUUAUGAAUUGUUCUUGCAGAUGAAUUCUAAUGGGCAGUGAGUCUAGAAAAAAAAUGAAGGCGCGAAUGAACUUCGGAUAUUUUUCGCGGUAACGUCUUCUGGUUCCACAUAGAUCCAUUCUAAACUUCGCUUCGGGCAGCCUUUGUAAAAAGAAUUAAAGUACAUUUUCAUGUUUGAUAGUGUUUGCGGUGCCGAUUUGGGAUUGCGCACAUGAUAUAAUUCUGAGGGUUGUUUUGUUUGCCUACGUUGGGAGAUUGGAAUUGGUAUUGUCAAACGGCUUUCGCUUUUUUUUUCGGAUUAAAAAUACACUGACGUUAAUGUUACUUUUUAAUUGUGAUUUUCUGGUUAUGAAAUUAGUCGUAAAGACUCGGGAAAUUAGCUGAAGGCUUUGAAGUUGAAUUGCUAAAUCGGAAAAGCGGUUGUUGAUUCGGGGCCGCGAAUAUUUUUGCUAGUAAAGCCGAUGAACUUCCUUUCUAAACGGUAUCGUCAGCUUGUGAAAAUGUUGUUUGUGUGACCUCUCUGAAGCCCACCCAUGUGUGAUAGUUGUAAAUUUUUAGAAGGCAAAUAUUCUAAGUAUGAAGGUCUUUUUCGAUGAGCGAAUGUAUCCGUGGCUUUUACCCGGGUGUUCAUAUGUUGUUACGGUUUGCUCUCUGAAAAUAAUGUUAGUUGCAUAGUUUUGGAAGUCAGUGAUGGAGACGCAAUUUUCUUUUUCUUUCGGCUUUUGUUUUUCCUGGAAAGAUGCGAGUUUUGUGAUCUUCAGAGGUCGAGGAGUCAGCGUUGAUUUUUCAACAGGUUUUUGUGUUCCUCUGAGUUUGGUAUUUCGCUUUUUUUUUUUUCGAGAAACCUUUGUUUCGCGGAUGUUUGUUGAAUGUUGAGUGUUGUCUUCAAGCCGACGACUGUUUCCGAUCAUCCUUCAGCAGCAAGACCUUGGUUGAAAAUCCCGACUUCAUUUGCAUCCUGAAAGACUUGUGUCGCGCUGAUGAAAGUACGAGAAGAAAUGGUACGAUGUUUCCCCAAAAAUACGACAGGGUUUAUAUUAUUUUCAUUCGCCGGAAAGGGUUUGGGACUUCUCAGCGUAGAUGAUGAUUUUGUAUAUUCGAUUUUUCAAAUUUAGGAUGAACAUAGAAAUAAUCGUCCAAAUUUCAAGCUGAAAAAAUUAAUGUCGAGAAGCUGCAUUAUAAAUGUCCCUUGAGACCAGAAGUUUGAUCGAAUUAUUUCUGUCGAAACUGCGUGCAGUAUUCGAAACACGAGGGAAUGAUUUUUACUUCAAAAACUUGCCUUCAUGAGCAUUAACAUUUUUUUUUUUUUUUUCGCCGAUUUUCUGACUAUCUCAGCUUUUUUCUGCGAGUCAUUCCCAGGAUCAGUUCGUAUAGUUUUACGCCUACUUAGUGUCUUUCUCACAGAUUAUUAACACGGGGUACAAACAAUUGAAACGACUUUUUAGUUCGACAUAUUGCUUGAAUACUUGAUUAUCUUUGGAUCUUCUUGGUACUCGAUUCGAUUUCAGCUGUUGAGCGCAGUUCGAAAGCAAACGAUUCAGCCGUGAUUUAUCAUAAAGGAUCGUUUUAUUUCAAGUCAAUUGUUCUCAUGUUACGGGCUUACACGAUGGAUAUGAAAUUGCCGUUGCGUGUUCCCAACAACCAGAAUGAAAUUAAAACUGAUUAUUUUUUUUAUGCCCAUUGACAAUUCAAGGAAACCAAGCUAAGGCAAUUUUUCCCACGUGACUUUCUUCUAGAGUACAGUAGUCGUAAGAUUUGGUCAAAUCCCUUUCGCCGUGUGUUCAGUGAUGUCUUGGAACUGAGUAGGGCUUCUCUUUUGAGUAAGUCAUAUUUUUGGGGAAACUCGGUAUAGCUUUUUUGUUCGCCAACUUACUGUACUCCCUCGUAGCCGUGUCUCACGAACUGUGAAACAAAUUUUGGUUUUGUCCUGGACUCCUUGAAGAUCCUCAUGAGAUUAAACUCACUCGCCGGUUUUGUAUGAUGUCUAGUUUUCAAGCUGGGGGCAGUCCGUUGAUGGUUUUAGGGAAAUGCAGUAGUAACUUCCUCGCAACACAAUUCGAUCGCUUGUGAUGAUGGAAUCAGGGUUUUUCCGAUUUACAUGGCAAAAAUUCAAUGUCCACUCUCGUCUAAUCGUUCAGCAAGGAAGGUUGGGAGGAAGAAGCGAGUUGCUCGUCCGGUUUGUCUGACGAGAGCCCAAAGUGCCUCUGAUUUGUUGAGGCUCCGACAGGUUACUGAUUCCGAUAUGAUUCAAGACAUGCCUUAUCUUGCUGCCAAGUUUUUCGGGACAUUCGUGGACAGUGCUGGAUCCUUCAAGAUGCUUUGCCUUUCUUGGUUGAAUGCAAGCAGCCGUGUGUACGUCAUUUUCGAAUGAGGGCCCGAGCUGCGGAGUUGAUUGCGAUGAUGUACGAAGUCCUGUACUGUGACGCAUCUGGAUGAAAAAAAUCAAGAUGUUCAGAGAAAACGUGGAAAAUGUUUUGUCAGUCAGUCAAGUGGGGGAACAGGAAAUACGUUUCAGUGGCGUCGCGUAAAUGCUGUGAAGACCUAUUUCCUACAGGAAAGGAUCUGCGCCACGCAAAAAAAAGGCUCGUGCACAAUGAGUCUCGUCCGAAGAGAUUUUUGACGAAAAAGUUCGCUGAAACGGCUCAAUCAAACCCUGCAACUGUGGACGAUUCAGUCUUCUAACGGGGUCCUGCAUUUGUCUCACGAUCGAUGUGUCACUGACGAAAUGGAAUCUGAAUGAGAAGAAUGUCGGGUGCGGAAGGGAUGCCGAAAAAAAGGAGGGUUUUGGGCGAAACAAACAAGUUUCAAAGAAGGAUCUGCCAUCAGUGAACUGCAUCACGUUCCAUCUACAGGUUACGCCUUCAAUGAGUGCAAUCCAUCACAGUGUUGGAAGAAGAGAAUACCUCGGGGAAGAAAGUUGUCACAUUCCCGGGGAAGAGGCAACCCGUCCGCUGUGGAUGUCGUUCAGAAAAAGAGCACAUGGGCCUUCGAAAAAGAAAUCCUCGUUGUUGUAUCAACGUUACCAUUUUCUUUCGUUUUGUUGGGCGAGUUCGAGGGAGAGAGAGAUCAUAAAAGACGGGUCGUUUGAGGUUGUUCUCGCGUUUGCUUGGAAGCGAUGCAGCUGAAUAGGGAGUAU